GUCGAGGAAAACCGAACGCUUCAAAAUAUAUUAUUUCGCCGCCGUUCGCUAGGUUAGUGGAAACGCACUUUUGACGAUUUAGUCGAUAAUGUUACAUACAACGGGGUUAGAAGUUAUGUAACAUCGAGCGUACGGGUCAUGCAUGCUGUAAUAAAAUCGUAACCUCCGGCUCAAGCUAUGUGAUCGUGCUUGUGUUAGAUUUCGAAAUUACACGCGGGAUAUAUUAUUUUUGACGAGAAAGAAAUUUUCCGGAAAAUCCGGAAGGAUCGGUUCGAAGAGUUCGGUAUUUUCGAAAAGACCGUCGCAUCUGAUGGUAGGUGGGGAAUUUUCGAAAAGAGGAGCGUUUUGAGAAAAUGGGAAAAAAGGCCAGGAAAACUAGGUGGCGUACUUUGGAAAUUACCGACGAACACAGUGACAGCGAGGAGUCGCAAAUAACCAACGGUCCGAGGCUACUACCUAAAUCGUUUCAGCAGAAAUCUUACUACAAAUUACCGUAUUCCAGUCAAUCGACGCCCAGAAGAAAGUACCAGUAUGAUAGCGCGAAAUCUACUAGAAGCAGCAGUACGACAAGCGAAAAUAAAAUUACUUUUAAUGAAGAUGAAUACACUAGAAUCACGACUCCUAGGCAAGAUGUUCUAUUUAAGAAGGGUUACUUGAACAAGCCGAAAACCUACCAGACUCAAACAUCUACUGGUACUUCGACCACUUCUACCAGCAACUCAACGGGCAACGGUACUCCUGAUCAUCAAUCGACAGAUUUAGAUUAUGACUCGCAAUUUGUCUUCCCUAAUGGUUUUGUCGAUCAAAACGGAAUCUACUACGUCAACAGUUUUGAGCCAUAUCCUUUAAUGCUGUACAACCCCCCUACGUACUACAAUGAGUUUUCGAACUCUAAAUCGAAACGGUACAGCACAGGUUCAUUGACGGAAUCUACGAGUCCGAACAAUGAAGAGGUAACUAGUCAAGAAUUGAGCGGCGGAGAGGCCUCUAACAACGUUUCCGACUACAGCGGCCACCACAGCGUCUACAACAUGGUCUAUCCCGGCUACUACGUCGACGGCGUUUGUCCGAACGAAGAUUCAUCGGAUACGAACAGAAAGAUAAAGAAACGCAGGCGUCGAAAAGUAUCAAAAUCGCAAACGAACAAUCAAAACGACAGCACCGAAUGCAGCGAAGACGAGGAUUUAACGCACGUAGAAGCAACGGUAGUUAUGCCAUCUAGUCCCGUCGCUGAAACCAACGCGGAAACUGUCCAAGUCAACGACGAAAAGCCGGAAGAAUACGUCGAGGAGGACCCGCCUAAGCAGCAAAAGUACGACCUCAAACCGGACGCGGAGGAAUUCGUACCGAGAGCGUACCGCACCACCCCGGAAAUCCCCCUCAGUCCCGUUCAGUACAUCAAAGUUCCGCCUAAUUUCGUACAAAUCCCAAUAGUGCCAUUCAACGGUCAGAUGAACCCAGCAUUUAUCCCACCGGGAGGUAUACCGAUAAACUUCAUACCUCCCGAUCCCAAGCUGUUUCCGCCGAACUUCGUCAACUUCGCCGCCGGCCCGCCCAAAGGCCAAGACGUCCUAGAGAAAGUCGAGGAAUCGACGACGAACGACCAAAACUCGAAGGUCUGUGAUACGAAUUCGAACACUGCCAAAGACGAACCACCCGAAAAAAUCGUUACCAACAGCAAAAAAACGAUCGACAUCGCUACGAUCGUUUCCAAACUAGAAGAAGCCGCCAAAGAACAAGAAAACGACGACAAACCAGUCGAACAGAGUCCCAAGAAGAAAUCCUUCAAAUACAAGAACUACUACAAAAGAAACUUCUACAACAGCCCGAGGAAUUCCCCGCAAAGGCAAUGCGCGACGGACACCAACGAAAUCAAACAUAUCGCAAACGUUAUACAGACUGAUUCGGACGCGAAAUUUGCGAGGAACAACUUCAGAAAGAACUGGAAACCCAAAGAUGCUUACAAAAGUCCGAAACACAACGUCGAGACUACGCACGUCAAGAAACACUAUGCGGACGCGUUCAAAGCCAAUUCCAACCCCGUCGAAAACACGUCAAUUCCUCCGUCGCCGAAAAUAAUCCCGAACAACAAAGUACCCAACCAAUGGAUACCGGUGUCGAGCAGAAAGAAAAGAAAAAACAAAAAUUUCGAUGAAACCGACGAAAUUCUUACGAUAGAAGAACCAACGCAAAUCGAAGAAGACCAACAAGACGAAUUCGAAAGUUACGAUGUGAAUAUGCUAGUCGACGUUGUACCAAAUGAAAAGAACGUCGAAAAAAUUAUUAAUUCCAUAGCACAAAUUGAACCGGAUAAUAUUCAAAUACAACAAAUUCGAGACAUACCAUCAGUUACGGAAAUCGAAAGUGAAUUAAUAACGAAAGAAGAACCACUAAAAGAAGAAACUACAAAAGAAGAACCAACAGAAGAAGAACCAUCAAAAGAAGAGCCAUCGAAAGAUGAGCCCAAGAAAACCGACGAUCAGCCAGACAUUAUUAACAAUGAGACUGAAAUCAAACAACUGUCGAAGAAGAAAUCGAAAAAAGGCGCUCAAAAACCUGCCACUAAACGAGUCAUCAUCACAGAUAUCGAUCUAUCCGACAAUAAACACGAAGAGGUUAAAACUCCGACUAAAAAGAUCGUUAAAAAACUCGAUAAACCCAAAGAGGUAAUCGAAACUAAACAGGAAGAACCGAUUAUAAAAACCGACACUACGCCGGAGCCGGAAGAAGAUAAAAAGAAAAACAAAAAGAAGAAGAAAAAAGCUUCGAAAGCGACCGGCUCUGCUGCGUGUAGCUCUACAAACUCAAAUACCGCUGAAGACGUAUACGAUAUGUUGUUAGAAACGACAUUAGCGACUGAAGCAGACAAAACCAACGACGAAAUAUCCGUCGAACUAGAAAAGAUGAUCCAAAAAGGCAUGUAUAGCAAUCUAGAGGAAAAGAUGCGGUCGCUAAACAUAAACGAAACAGACGGAUUUCUCAAAUCCGUAUUCAGCAAGGUACCGUUAACGUCCAGACCCGAACCAGUGGGCUUCUUAAAGUCGCCGGACUUUACCAAAAUUCCUCUAGUUAAAUCGGAUCCGGUAAGUGAAGACCAAACUUUAGAUCGUAACAAAACUAAUGAUGAAUUACCUGCUUCAGAGUCGUCGGAGAUUUUUCUAGAGAAUUCGCGCCUCAUCGUUAAUCGAGCUGAGGAGCCAAAGAGCCUCUAUCCCAUCACCGAGGCAGUUAAAGAAUGGAUGUGCAAAACGCGCGAAACCACACCCGACGUGGAAAUAUUCAAAAGUCCGCGCACGAUUUACAGGGAAUUCUGCGACAGUGAUACUAAUAGUGACACUGAGGCGGGGAAUUCCCGCGAACUGAGUGCUAGUGUUGACGAUGACGAAAUUACUCUGUUCACCGCAGACGAGAUCGAUAAAACGGCCGACGAUAACGAAGAUCUUCUCGAAUAUUGGGAGGAUUUGAAGAUCGACGAAAACAAAAACGACGAAGACGAUAUCGAGAUAUACGAGAGCAAAUACGGAACUAACGAGGACUAUCUGAAGUUGCAGAAGGAAGUGCGAGAAAAAACCAAAACCAUGAACCACCCAAAGAACGGCAAACUACCUCAUAGAGCAGUUUGUUGUAAUAUUAUGUAAGCUUAUAAGAACACCACAAUUAUUCGUACAAAUUUUUCAGGGCGACUAAGAACUUGAUGCAAAUAAUUUGUGAAGCGAGUAAGUGACUAGGAAAUUUUUAUAUCAUAAAUAUCUCAAAAAGUUUUAUAUACAUAAAUAACUAACAUUAUUUUAACCUACUCACUCGCCCAUAAAUUAUUUGCAUCAAGUUUCCGUACACCCCGUAUAAUCCAAACGGAGAUAUCUUUAUAAAUUAUCACAAUCUCUUAUUCAACGCUAUAUAAAAUUAGUUAUUGGUAUUAGGAACAGAGAGUUUGUGUACCUAUCUAAAAAUAAUUUUUAAAAACCUAUAGAAUUUUCUUGGCAAUUAUAGUAGGUAAGUUUAAUUUAGGGUUGUAGAUAAGCCGGAUUACGCUUAAUAUAGUAUACUAAUUUCAAUUUAAAAUGCUCGCAUUAGGUAGAUAAGAAUGUUAGAAAUGUAAAAAAAUAUGUAAGAGGAUGUGAUAAUCAAGCCUGCGAAGAAUCUCUUUGUUAAUUUAUUCGUUCGUAUUUAAUGAUACGAACUUGUGAAUAAUUGUAAUAUUAGAAGUGUUUAUUAAAUUGGAUAAUUAAAAAUAUAGCUAAUUAAAUUUAAACGAAUAAUCUUUCAACACUUCUAAAGUCGCAAUUAUUACUUAAAAAUCACAAUUUAGACGUGAUUACUGUUGAAACGACUAAAUUUUAAUAGAGUAUCUACUGUGAAGGAACACAGUUUAUCCGGAUACUUUCUACUAUAAUUUUUAUGAAAUGCAGAAUUUAAUGUUCGUUGUAUUUCGUAAAAAAUUUAAUAACUUGUUUUCUGUACAUAGCGAUUUAAAUGUUUUUAAAUGCAUAAUAUACGGAAAAAAACGACGAAUCUGCCUCUGUGCGUGACAAAAACUUGUUGAGCAAUUAAUAUUUUAAAUGUACUUAAACGUGUUGUGAUCAAGCAAUGUUCUCAAAACGCCAAAAAUAAAAUCGAAUCGAGUCCGAAACGGUAUGGAGCAAGGGUGCGAAUUUUUAACUAACCCGAAAAUUUACACGCUCUCUUAGCAAAUUAUUCUAAAUUCUUCCAAUACAGUUUGCGUUGAAUGUACCGUUACCAUGUGUUAAAAUGAUUAUUUUUUAUGCGAAAUGUUAAUAUUCGACUUGACAUUAUUAUGUACAUAAGAAGCGGUGACAGGCUGUUAAUAAUCCGAUGGAAAUCGGCGCUCAAAAAUUGUUAUUGUUGUUGAGAAUGUUAAAAUAAAAAAAAGGAAAAUACUUUGUUUCAUUUGAAUUCGAAGUGUCGCUUCUUAUUGAAGAAACUUCGAUUGGCGAUUGAAUUCUUAUGAAAUAGAUAUUAUAGUAUGGCCUAUUUGGAGACUGAACGUGGGCCGUAUUUUCGGUAAAAACUAGCUUAUUCGACUGAUGUUUUACCGAAAAUGCUUCGAAUGGAAUAUGGUGCACGAUAUAAAUGAUACAGGACGUCUCGCGCACGAGUUGUUAUAGAUAUAAAAUAACGGGACAACCUGCAUACAUAAUUUUGUUUUAUCUUUUUUUUAUUGUUAAAUGUUGUUAACAAAUUUAGCGAAUAGGUUUAGGUGUACAUCACCUUUCGAUUGUAUCUAGUGGUGCAUAAUUUUUAAGCGAUUUUGUUUUGUAGUUUAUACUUUUGAAUGUUUCUAGAGAGAUGCCGAGCCCAAUUUGUAAUAUUUUGCGUGUAUCGAAAUGCCAAGGACAUUUUACACUUUCGUUAAAUAAUCAAGUAAAAAUAACCGCAUAUCACGUUAUAAAAAAAUUGGCAGUUCGAAUAUAAUUUGGCAUUAUUUUUAGAGAGAAACCCGAUAAAAAAAAUAAUAAGCGCAUAUGCUCCCCGUUCGUAUGAAACCAGUGGCUUAAGCACGUCAAUGACAAUAUUAAGUAUUCGAAGGGGAUUUUAGAUUAAUUUUAAUUUUGGAUUUUGAUUAGGAAGAAAAAGACAGGAAGCAGUGUGUAAGUGAAUAAGUUUGUAGAGCGUUUUUCUCGGUUUUUCGUUUUUUGAACUUUUAUGUAUAAAUUUUUGGUUGUAUCUGUGUAUUAAGUUUCAUUAUUAAGUGGUUAUUUUUUUGAGAUUUGUGCCUUCGCGAUAUUUGUAAAAUAAAGAAAAAUUCACCAA